ACACACACACACACACAAAAUAAAUAUAUGGGAGCGUUGUGAUUCAGCUGCGUCGCGUCUCGCGCUCUGACCAGACACGUUGCGUGAGCUGAAAGGGACUGCCUCUGGAAAACGAUUUAACUUACAAGCUACAUAUUGCUCAUUUACUGGAAUAUCUAACCAAAAUAAUGGUUUAAAAUGAUUCCUCUGUUGAAUAUGAAGUUUACGACGCUAAUUCUGUUCCGUGAAUUGGGAAUCGUCUGUCUAGUGCUGAUAAGCGCUGUGUGGUGCUCCGCUCCUGAGAGGAAAGUAUGUCAGGGAACCAAUAAUAAGCUGACUCUGCUGGCACAGCCAGACGAUCACUAUAGAUCCAUGGUGCGGAUGUACAGUAACUGCACGGUCGUGCUGGAGAACCUGGAGAUAACCAACGUUCAGGAGUACCACGACCUCUCCUUUCUCAGAAGCAUUGAAGAAGUUGGUGGCUACGUGCUAAUAGGAAUAAACUAUGUGGAUGUAAUACCCCUGGAAAACCUGCGCCUCAUUCGAGGACAUUCUCUCUUCGAUGGCAAGUACGGCCUUGCUGUGGUGGCAAACUUCCACAGGAAUGAGUCUGUCGAGAACUACAGCAUCACCAGCGGCCUCCGACAGCUGCAUCUGAGAAGCCUCACAGAAAUUCUUAAAGGUGGAGUUAAAAUAGCCCACAAUCCUUUGCUUUGCAAUGUGGAGACCAUACAGUGGUUGGACAUUGUGCAGGAUGACAGUGACGUGAAUGUGUCAGGAGGAACUGACCCUCAGUGCAGACGAUGUGACUCAGGGUGUUUUAAUGGAUCGUGUUGGGCUCCAGGACCAGAGAACUGCCAGACCUUUACUCGGCUGAACUGUGCAGAGCAGUGCUCACGGAGGUGCAAGGGUCCCAAACCCAUCGACUGCUGCAGUGAACAUUGCGCUGCAGGCUGCACCGGACCCCGACCAACAGACUGUCUGUCCUGCAGAGACUUCCAGGAUGAUGGGACGUGCAAGGAUGCGUGUCCACGUCUUAUGCUGUACGACCCCAACAUUCACCAACUCGUUCCCAACCCUAAAGGGAAGUAUAACUUUGGAGCCACCUGUGUAAAGAAAUGCCCAUAUAACUUUGUGGUGACCGAUCAUGGUGCCUGUGUUCGAACCUGCAGCAGUAACAUGCAUGAGGUGGAGGAGAACGGAAUAAGGAAGUGCAAACAAUGUGAUGGCUUGUGCCCUAAAGUCUGUAAUGGUCUUGGAACGGGAACCCUUGUUAACACCAUCGCAGUCAACGCGACCAACAUUGAUUCAUUUAUCAACUGCACCAAAAUAAAUGGGCACAUUACAAUAAUGCAGAUGACUUUUCAAGGGGAUAUUUUUACAAAUACACCAAGUAUGGACCCUGCAAAACUCGACUAUUUCAAAACAGUGAAGGAAAUUUCAGGGUUUCUGUUAAUCCAAGACUGGCCUGAAAACCUCAGUUCCCUCAGUCCCUUUGAAAACCUGGAGAUCAUCAGAGGAAGAACUAAACAACAUGGCACCGUCAGUUUUGCAGCUUUGAACAUACCGCACCUGGAUCAUCUCGGCCUCCGUUCGCUGAAGGAGAUCAGUGAUGGUGACGUGGUGAUCAAGAACAACCCCAGCCUCUGUUACGUUGAAGGCAGCUACUGGCCGAAGCUGUUCAGAUCGGUGAACCAGCGCAUACGAACUGGAAACAAUGCAGCAAUGCACAGAUGUGAGCAGCAGAACAGUACCUGUGAUAGUAUGUGUGGAGAGGAAGGCUGCUGGGGUCCAGGGCCGUCCAUGUGCGUCUCCUGCCAGCAUGUCAGCCGUAGGGGGCGCUGUGUCAGCCACUGCAACUUGUUGGAUGGAGACCCACGUGAGUACAUGUCAGAGAAUGUGUGUUUGGAAUGUGACCCUGAAUGCCAGAUCCUGAAUGGGACGCCAAGCUGCCAUGGGCCGGGAGCUGAUCAGUGUACCGAGUGUGCUCACUUUAAAGAUGGGACACACUGUGUGGCACAGUGUGCCCAAGGUGUGCAAGGCCUUAAUAACAGGCUUGUCUGGACAUACCCAGACAAAAAAGGACAGUGUCAGCCAUGCCAUGCUAACUGCACAAAUGGAUGCAGUGGACCAGGACUGGAAGGUUGUGAACCAAAAGGCUCUCACAUGCCUUUAGUGGCGGCUGGGAUUGUUGCAGGUAUGCUGCUGAUUAUGGUCCUCGUCCUUUUCAUCUUCAUCAUCUUUCGCCGAAGACACAUCCGGCGAAAGAGGACCUUACGCCGCCUGCUUCAGGAAAGAGAGCUGGUUGAACCGCUGACUCCCAGUGGUGAAGCACCCAACCAGGCUCUCCUUCGCAUCCUAAAGGAAACAGAGCUGAAGAAAAUAAAAGUCCUUGGGUCUGGAGCAUUUGGUACUGUCUUUAAGGGUUUGUGGAUCCCAGAGGGUGAGGAUGUGAAAAUUCCUGUUGCUAUCAAAGUUUUGAGAGAGGUUGCAUCUCCCAAAGCCAACAAAGAGAUCUUGGAUGAGGCCUAUGUGAUGGCCGGUGUGGAUCACCCUCACGUGUGUCGUCUGUUGGGAAUAUGCCUCACGUCCAACGUCCAACUGAUAACUCAGAUCAUGGCUUUCGGCUGCCUGCUGGAUUAUGUUCGAGAGAAUAAAGACAGUAUCGGCUCACAGACUCUGUUAAACUGGUGUGUGCAGAUCGCCAAAGGAAUGCACUACUUGGAAGAGCGUCACCUGGUUCAUCGUGACUUAGCGGCCAGGAAUGUGCUGGUGAAGACUCCUAACCAUGUGAAGAUCACUGACUUUGGCCUGGCCAGACUCCUGGGUGCAGAUGAGAAGGAAUACCAUGCUGACGGAGGGAAAGUGCCUAUAAAGUGGAUGGCACUAGAGUCAAUUCGUCACUGGACUUACACUCAUCAAAGUGAUGUAUGGAGUUAUGGGGUCACUGUGUGGGAGCUGAUGACAUUUGGAUCCAGACCGUACGAUGGAAUCCCAGCCAGAGAGAUUGCAGAUAUCCUGGAGAAGGGAGAGCGUUUGCCACAGCCGCCCAUCUGCACUAUAGAUGUCUAUAUGAUCAUGGUCAAAUGCUGGAUGAUUGAUGCUGACAGCAGACCUAACUUCCGUGAACUUGUGUCAGAGUUUUCAAAAAUGGCCCGGGAUCCAUCUCGCUACCUUGUCAUUCAGGGAGAUGAUGACAUGUUCCAGUCCAGCCCGACGGAUUCGAAGUUCUGCAUGUCGUGGAUCAGUACUGAAGAUAUGGAUGGUGUGGUAGAUGCGGAGGAAUACCUGCUGCCCAACAAACGAUUGUUCGACCAAUCAAAACCACCACCAACGCCUCAGUAUCACAAUGCAGCAGACAACUACACGAAUGGUGUGAUGUUACGCUACAUUACAGACCCCACACUUAAAGACCUCAUGCUGCCAGAGUACAUUAACCAGGAUGUGACCACAACAAGCAACAUGAUGAACCCAGACUACAAGGGUCCGGCUCGUGCACAGACAGAAAACGGAUAUAUAGAUACAUACAGCUGUAAACCUGACGGGCCGGAGUACCUAAACACCUCCUGCGCUACUCUACCACGCUCCCCCGGCGCCAGCCUCGAUAACCCUGACUACCAGCACAGCUUCCUGCCCUCGUCCAACAGCGACGUUCUUUUCCUCCCGGCGACGGAGAACUUACACUACCUGGGCCUCGGCACAGCCUUGCAGUCUCACGUACGUUAGAUCAGCAGGAUGGAUGUAUGAAUCACACUGCUUCAACUUCUGUUAGUGUUAGUGCUGCAGCUGGGUUAAGAACAUGAGGACGUCAGGUCUGGAUAUGCUUGAAGGCGACUGCCACAAUGAACUCGUUUGUAAAGGGGUGUGUUUGUGAGACGUGAAGCUGUGAGUAAUGUGUUGAAUGUCAAGCUAGAGCACAUUUCAGUAUUUCUGUGUAAUAUAGGUACAUGUAAUAGUUGAUGCUUUUGAUGAAUGUUGUUGUCGGAUGUAGCUUAAUUUAUUGAACCAAAACUUAAUUGAGCUGUUAAUACUUCAUGUAGUUAGACCGUCAUCAUUUUACUCUGAUUACGUAAUUAACCUUGGGUAGUACAGUGAGUUUACAAGCCAGAUAAGAUCUUUUUUUCUUGUUUGUGAAAUAUGAAAUACCACUCGAGUCUCAACCCUAAUUUUCCUUCCGAGAUAUACAGCGUUUAAAUAGUUUGGGGUUAGUACUUAUCAAUUAUUAUUAUUUAUUAUAAAUAAUUAUUUAUUAAAUCUCACACCUUGGACUUUGUUCCUCAUAAUUCAGAAUCUGUUUCUCAUAAUUCAGAUUUUUUUCUUGCGGUUCCUUUUCUGUAAAUCCUGUGUUUACAUCUCAGAAAUCUUUUUUUUUUUUUUUUUUGAUAAUAAUCAGAAAUGUUUCUUGAGCAGUAACUCAGCAUAUUAGAAUCAUUUAUGAAGGAUUAUGACAGUAAUGAUGCGGUUCAGUUUUGCAUCACAGUACAUUUUAAAACAUAUUCAAAUAGUAAACCAUUAUUUUAAACUGCAAUAAUAUUUUGUAAUAUUACUGUUUUAUUGCAUUGUGCAUCCUUGGUGAGCAUCAUUUGAAAACAUUCAAAUAAUCUUACCGACCCCAAACUUUUGAACGGUUGUAAUUCCGAAUGAAAUAGGAUAUUUAAGAAAUUAAUUUUAUUGUUACAUACCAGAAUGGAGAAGGCUGGAAGGGAGGAGCUCUUGAUGACUGAAAAAGAAAAGGUUGUCUACUACCAUGUCGGCUGAGGCAAAGCAAGUUACCUCAUUUUGAUAAAAGAUUACCAGAGUUAGAAUCAUUUGCACCAAUGAUUUGUGCAAAACAUUGCAAAGAAUGUGCAUUAGGAAUGUAAAAAAAUACUCUAUUUAAUAUAUUCAAGCACAUGAAAACCUCUGAUCUGACCCGUAAUAACUGCCUGAGUAACAACAGAACUGAUUGUAAAUAUAACAACAUGCACUGUGAACAUAAAUGUCCACCACACAGUGUAAAUGUACAUAAAGCUACCUGCAGUCACACAAACACUGACCUUUAACCCUGGACUGCACUUAAUGGACCCACUAAGUGAGCGUCCACAUUUGGUUUUAAUAUUUUAACAACUGUUAGAUUCAUUGAAAGAAACACUGUUGGGCUAAAAGGCUUUCUGGUGUUAAAAGGCUGUCCUGAUCCUUUCUGAUUCUGCUGAUUUAAUAAAUCAGACUGCUUGUUUCUGUCCCCUGUGACACAUUCACCCAAGUGUGCACUUAGCACACAAUCUACUUCUAAAUUUUAAGGGGGAAAAGCAGGCCAUUAUGAGAUUUUAACUCUACAGGAUCCCAUUAAUAUUGAUUAAGUGACCACAUCCACUUCAUCGCCCCAGAAAAUGCUGAAUAUAUUCAGAAAGAAGUUUUAAAAUGUAAGUUUGACUGUGAAACCUGUUCUACUUCACUGUGAGAUACUGCAAAGACCACAUUUAGUAUGUAAAUAUACUUGAUGUAGCACAAUCCUCCGGAGAUCUACUGCAUUACACACCUGUGAAUGUUAGUUUUAGGAUUCUUUUUAGGUUUAACAUGUGGUUUAAAUCUGUAUGGACACUUUGUUACAUUGCAGUGUUAUUAAACUGUGUUGAAAUGUGAAAAUUAAAUCUUGUGAUGUGCCAAUUCCAUAAA